AUGCCCAAUAUGUGGCUCUCUGAUAACCAGAAGAUCGGUGUCAUCUUUUGCUCCGGUGGAGGACUAUUCCUCUUCGGAGGCGUGCUGAUGUUCUUUGAUCGUUCGCUACUCGCAAUGGGAAACAUCCUCUUCCUAAUCGGUCUCACACUCAUAAUCGGCCUCCAAAAAACUAUCGCGUUCUUCUCUCGCCGCCAAAAACUAAAAGGCACGGUGGCCUUCGCGUCCGGCAUCCUCCUGAUCCUCCUGCGCUGGCCCCUCACAGGUUUCCUGAUCGAGCUGUACGGCCUGUUUAUUCUCUUCGGGGACUUCCUGAUCACGAUCGGUCAGUUCGCAGGGAACGUGCCGGUCGUGGGGCCGUAUAUUCAGAAGGCGUUGGAGACGUUGGCGGGUGGGAGGAGUAAUGCUGAAUUGCCGACUAGCGAGAUCCUCGGGGGUGUUUGUGACGAGGAGGAGGAGGAAGGGGUCGUUGCUCUCUCUUGGAGGGAAAGAGCACGGCCUAGCUUUGAACGAUUUAUGUUGUAUGAUUAUGCGACCGAUUUUCCCGCUCAAACGGAGAAACAAAACGAAAAGAAAGCAAAAGCGAGUGGUCCGUGGUCCAUGAGCCGCGUCAUGAUCGACUUCUACUGCUCUGUUCCUGGGCUUUAUCUUCUCGGCUGA